AGUAAACCGACCGCCCGCCGACCAGACCGGGUUGAAGAAAACAAAACAGACAGUUUUAGUGUUGAUGUGUUGGACGUUUAUCUAACCUUUCGGUAGUGUGUUCAAUGAAAUUAUCGUUAAUUAAUUCUUUUGGACUUAAAAAUAUAUUAUGGCAAACCAUUAUGAUGUGCCUAAUUGGGCAGGAAAACCACCUGUUGGGCUGCAUCUUGAUGUCAUGAAAGGAGAUAAAUUGAUCCAGAAAUUAAUGCUGGAUCAGAAAAAGUGCUACUUAUUCGGACGCAACCCCCAGAUGAAUGAUUUCUGUAUUGAUCAUCAGAGUUGCUCCAGAGUCCAUGCAGCAUUUGUCUACCACAAGCACCUGCAUAGAGCAUUCCUGGUGGAUUUAGGCAGUACUCACGGAACUUUUAUCGGUUCUCUGAGGAUUGAAGCUCACAAGCCCACCCAGUUGCCAAUCGAUAGUGUGUUCCACUUCGGUGCUUCAACACGCAACUACAUUAUCCGAGAACGGCCGCAAACUGGUGCCCGACCUAUCAUUGAGGAGUUGGAGAAGUCUUCAGAGGAAGCAGAAGGAGGGCUGCUAGGGUUGCCAGAGACGGAGACUGAACUUGACAAUCUGACAGAAUUCAAUACCGCCCAUAAUCGGCGAAUCUCAAUGCUUGGUAUUGGUGAAGAUGGGGAGGCAGCACCAAGAAAUAGGAAGCGAAAAAAGCGAGGAGUGACUUUCAAUGAAGAUGAGGAGGUCAUCAACCCAGAGGAUGUGGACCCUUCAGUGGGCAGGUUCCGGAACCUCAUUCACACCACUGUCAUCCCUACCAAGAGACAGAGACUGGAGAGUGGAGUGGGGAUAACAAGUGGUUUGACACAACCAGAGGAACAUAAGACGAACCUGAUGAAACAUCUGCAUCCGUCGUCACUGAUGAGUCAGCUUUACCACGAUGUGCCAGGGACGGAGAGUCAUCUACCAAGUGGAACGCCGACAUCACUCAUGUUUUCGUCUGCACUGGCAUCACGGUUGGGGCUGGUCCUGCCCAACCCUGCCCCUGAUGUUGACAUGGCACCCCCAGUCCCAGCCCCUGUCCAGCCCGAUGUUGUUCCUGACACUGCUCCCAGUGGAGGAGCUCCUGCCGCUGUAGAACCCAAGAAGAAGAAGUAUGCAAAGGAAGCGUGGCCUGGCAAGAAGCCUGGUCCAGCCCUUCUACUGUAAAUACCAGGUCUUUUUGGAGUUUGAGAAUGCCUCUACAGACUGUAUAUGGUUGGAACUCAAAUUGGAGGCUAAAAGCAUAUUUUGUAAAUAUUUUAGGUUAAGUUUUUCAAUUAAAGUGACUAGAUUAGUAA